AUGCAACACACUCAAAGCCAGCCAACACAAAAAAAAUUAUUAUUUUAUCCAAGUUACAUUGAUGAAAAUAAUAAAGAUCAGUCGUUGAGAAAUUCCUUACUUUCUUCAAACGAACAUAACACAAAACAUUACUUCUGUCCUAUUUCUAAAAUAUAUCGUACUCCACCUAUUCCUUCUAAACGAAUAACUCAUUACCAGAAACUAUUUGUUGAAGGAAUUCCUCCACCCACUGACGAAUUAGAGAAGAGAUUUAUUGAAAUGAAACUAAUAGGAACAGGGAGCUAUUGGAAUGUCUAUAAAUGUUACGACAACAAAACUCAUCAAAUUAAAGUUGUUAAAGUUUCCAUUCGAACAAACCAAUUACUUAACUAUAAAAAAGAACGCAAUUCAAUGAAAAUACUUCAAAACAAAACCAUGUAUCUAGCAUUAAAUGAAGAAAUGUAUUAUGAUUCAAUCAAUUUUUAUGCUGUAAUGCCAAAAUUUGAAACAACAAAAGAAAUGAAUGACAAUGAGAUUAUUUUUACAAUUUGGUGUGUUCUUAUGGGAUUAAAAAUAAUGAAUAUGCAUGACUUAGUUCAUCUUGAUGUUAAACUAGAAAAUCUAUUAAUUGAUAAGAAUGGGAUGGUGAAGUUAGGUGAUUUUGGCACAGCAACUAAAAUAGGAGAAGUUGUUGAUUCAGAUGAAUGUGGUGAUGGAAGAUAUUUAGCCCCAGAAGUGCUUCAAGGACAUGCACUGUUCGAAAGUGAUGUUUAUAGUUUGGGUAUUUGUUUAUUUGAAAUGGUCAGUCGAAGAAUAUUCAAUCCAUUGGUUUGGGUUAUUAAUUUCUUUUAUAGGCUGAGUUUGGUGAUAAGUGUUUACUUAAAUUCUUUAAGAACGAAGCACUUCGAGAUAUGUUUCUUAAUUUUACUAGUUCUGUUCCAACAAAAAGAGGAACCCCAAGUUUAUUGGUUAAUUACUCAAUAUUUGAAACUAAUGAAAUUAUGUCAAUUCAACUAUAAAAAACGAACCAACUCCAAUAAUACAGGAUAUUCAUAG